UUGAAAAUGCUCAGUCAACUGAACUUAAAACUUAUUUGGCUGGACAGCUUGCACGUGCUUUUGCGAUAUUUAAUGUGGAUGAAGUAGUCGUCUUCAAUGAAUCGGGAACAUUGCGAAAUUCAGAUAAUAUUUUGCAAGGAGAGUCCAGUCGUAAAAAAAAACAACCCAAAAAUAUUUCUUCAGAUCCAAAUAUUUUUUUAGCUAGGAUAUUACAGUAUUUAGAAACUCCACAGUGA